GCCCUCCGCUCCGCCGCGAUGCUGUCCCGGUCCCGUUGCAUGUCCCAGGCCUUCAGCCGCUCGCUCUCCGCCUUCCAGAAGGGGAGCUGCCCUCUUGGGAGACGCUCCCUGCCCGGGGUCUCCUUAUGUCAGGGACCAGGUUACCCUGUCAGGAGGACGAUCACCAUUAACAAUAGUAGUGUCUUCAGCGUUCGCUUCUUCAGAACUACAGCUGUGUGCAAGGAUGAUGUGAUCACAGUAAAAACCCCAGCAUUUGCGGAAUCUGUCACAGAAGGGGAUGUCAGGUGGAAGAAAGCUGUUGGAGACACAGUUGCAGAAGAUGAAGUGGUUUGUGAGAUUGAAACUGACAAGAAAUUCUUGCAGGUUCCAUCACCAGCAAACGGUGUUAUAGAAGCUCUUUUGGUACCUGAUGGGGGAAAAGUAGACGGAGGCACUCCUCUUUUCACAUUCAGGAAAACUGGCGCUGCUCCUGCUAAGGCCAAGCCAGCUGAAGCCCCUGCUGCUGAAGCCCCAUCGGCAGUUCCUCCUUCCCCUGCAGCAUCCAUACCCACUCAGAUGCCACCAGUGCCCUCGCCCUCACAACCCUCUGCUAGCAAACCAGUGUCUGCGGUAAAACCCACUGCUGCUCCAGUAGCUGAGCCAAGAGCUGGUAAAGGUCUGCGUACAGAACAUCAGGAGAAAAUGAACAGGAUGCGGCUACGCAUUGCUCAGCGUCUGAAGGAGGCCCAGAAUACAUGUGCAAUGCUGACGACUUUCAAUGAGAUUGACAUGAGUAACAUCCAGGAUAUGAGGGCCCAGCACAAAGAUGCUUUUCUGAAGAAACAUAACCUCAAACUGGGCUUCAUGUCGGCAUUUGUGAAGGCCUCAGCCUUUGCCUUGCAGGAACAGCCUGUUGUAAAUGCAGUGAUUGACGAUACAACCAAAGAGGUGGUAUAUAGGGAUUAUAUUGACAUCAGUGUUGCGGUGGCCACCCCACGGGGCCUGGUGGUUCCCGUCAUCAGGAACAUGGAAACAAUGAAUUAUGCAGAUAUUGAGCGAGCCAUCUUUGAACUGGGAGAGAAGGCCUGGAAGAAUGAACGGGCCAUUGAAGAUAUGGAUGGUGGUACUUUCACCAUUAGCAAUGGAGGUGUUUUCGGCUCCCUCUUUGGAACACCCAUUAUCAACCCCCCUCAGUCUGCCAUCCUAGGCAUGCACGCCAUCUUUGAUAGGCCAGUGGCUGUGGGAGGCAAGGGGGAGGUGCGGCCCAUGAUGUGCGUGGCACUGACCUAUGAUCACUGGCUAAUCGACGGCAGAGAGGCUGUGACUUUCCUCCGAAAAAUCAAGGCAGCGGUAGAGGAUCCCAGAAUCCUCCUAAUGGACCUUUAGGAGGAAGUCACACACCCAACACAUUGACCACGCAGGAACUGAAAACCAGUCUUCUCUCUGCCCCAUGUGGGUCCCGGGUUCGC